AAACAGAAUCAUUGUGAGUUGUGUAAAGUAAGAGUACAGGGAAAAAUUCUUGAGGUGCAAUGUCAAAAUUAAGAAUUUUACUUCUUGGACUUUUUAUUGCUUCUUCUGUCCAAGAAAAUAUAUAUCCGCAUAAAGUGACUGUUAAUACUAAUUCUCAUACGACGUGUAGUGGAACAGUGAUAUCCCCAGAUAGCCUUCUUGUUCUCAUCGAUUGCAUUGAUAUAACAAAUCAUGAUAUGAAUGUGAAGAUUCGAAGACAUGGUCUAAAUAUGACAGAUUCUGGUGAUAUUUACACGAUCAAGAGAAUAAUUUUGGAUCCAAAUUACAACGAUGAAUUCACACAGGACAACGGCUAUGCCAUCUUGAAACUAGAUCGUAAGAUUGAAAGUGAAGGAGCAAGAUUCGAUGCAAAUGCACAAAAAGUCGCCAAGGGAACAUCUUGCUCUACUCUAUCCAUUAUUCAUGAAGAUAAUCCUAGAUUAAGCACAUAUUGGACAGACAUGAAAUACGUUACCCUGAAAGUUAUGGAUAUGUCUGAAUGCAAAGAUCUUUUCGUCUACGGUCAAAAUUCGAAUAAUUACAUUUGUGUUCAGGAAGAAAAUGCUGAGGAUUGCCAAGGAGAAUUGGCAGCUCCACUUGUUUGUAACGGUGUUGUCGUUGGAAUAUCGACUUGCGAUGUUGGCUGCUUUGGACAUAAAGUGUGUGCCUACAGAAAAAUUGCAUCAAUUGGUAAUUUCGUCUUCCAAUAAAAUUAAAGAAAAAAAAUAUAAUGUAUAUAUUUAAUAAAUGAUAUCACAAGAUCCAAUAGAAAAACUAGACGGUUGCAAAAAAUCUCUGAAAUGCCGACAAAA